AUGUCCUCCUCGUCCAAGCGCAAGCCCUCCGAUGCACCAGUAUCACCACCCCCUCUCAAGAGGAAGCUCGCUUCCGGCACCACAAAGGGCGCGGUCGCCAACUUCUUCACCCCAACAUCCCAGAAACCCAAGGACCGCACCGCCUGGUCAGAGCGCGCCCCGAACAACGACACGCCAGCAACCUUGCUCGUUGCCAAGUACGAACCUGAAGCCAAAGAAGAGACUUCGACAAACAAGAGGCGGAAAGUGGCCGCCUUUGAUCUUGACUCGACCCUCAUCGCGACAUCUUCAGGCAAGAAGCACGCCUCCGACGGCAAUGAUUGGAAAUGGUGGCACCCCUCUGUGCCGGCCCGCCUCAAACAACUCUACAACGAUGAAAACUACCGCCUCAUCAUCCUCUCCAACCAAGCCGGCCUGACCCUACACCCGGACCCCAAAUCCAAAACCCCCAAAGCAAACGCCGCCAAGCGCGUCUCCGACUUCAAGACGAAAUGCGCCGCCGUCCUCGCCCAGCUCGACCUGCCCGUCACCCUCUACGCCGCCACGGCAAAGGACAUGUUCCGCAAGCCCCGCCCCGGCAUGUGGCACGAGCUCUGCCGCGAUCACGACAUCACGGAGGACGUCGACCUUGCGAGCAGCCUCUUCGUAGGCGACGCCGGCGGGCGUGUCGCUGCCGGUGCGACAGCCCGCGACUUCAGCUGCUCGGACCGCAAUCUCGCGCACAACAUCGGCGUCCCCUUUAAGACGCCUGAGGAGUUCUUCCUCGACGAGCCGCCGCGCGUCUUUGCGAGGGAGUUUGAUCUCGCGCUGCACCCGUACGUUGAAGCCGCAGGCACAGACAAGGGCGAGGGCGCGGACGAGGCGCCCCUCUUCGAGAAAAAGAACAAGCAAGACGUCGUACUGUUCUGCGGCCCGCCCGGCGCGGGCAAGAGCACAUUCUACUGGAGACAGCUCCAGCCUCUGGGCUACGAGCGCGUGAAUCAGGACAUACUCAAGACGCGGGACAAGUGCGUCAAGACGGCGAGGGAGCUCCUCCAGGGCGGAAAAUCCGUCGCCAUAGGUACAAGCCGCCCCAUGGCAAGGGAUGAGAAACAAUGCGUGGCUGACAAAACAUGCCCUCCAGACAAUACAAACGCCGACCCCGACACGCGCGCCGUGUGGGUCAAUCUCGCCAAGCAGCACGACGUCCCCGUGCGCUGCGUGUGGUUCAAGACGCCCCUCUUCGUCUGCGAGCACAAUGAUGUCGUCAGGGCGCUCAACACAAAGAUGAAUCCCGAAUCCAGGACGGCGCUGCCGCAGCUCGCCUUCAACGGCUUCAAGUCGCGCUUCCGCGAGCCCAAAGCCAAGGAGGGCUUCCAGGACGUGACGGAGCUGGAGUUCAAGUUCCGUGGCACGAGGGAGGAGCAUGGCGUGUGGGCACGGUACUGGAUCUAA